ACUUGAUGUACCAUGUUUACUUGUGAUAUUUGUGGUGAAACAGUAACCUCAGAAACAGAAAUGAAAACUCACCUAAUUGCUCACAUGGAAAAUGAAGUUACAUGUCCAUUUUGCAAAUUGUCAGGUGUAAAUUACGAAGAAAUGUAUUUUCAUAUUGAAUCUGCUCAUUUUAAACAAAGUGAACUUGAAAGAAAUUUUGAGAGGUUCGAUGCAGUGCAGUAUGGAACAUCAGAUAAUAAUAAGGAUGACACCCUGCAAUGCAGAAUGGAUGUUUAUUCAAGUAAUCAUUCAGCUUGUGCAUCUAAUUAUGCAAAUAUUUCCACUCAAAUCUUGCCUAAAGAAUGUACUUUAAAGCAUAAAGCCAUUUAUUCUGAAAAUUUAACUGAAUCUAGAAAAUUUCCUCAAAGUAAAGAAAAACAGAGUGAUCUAUCCAAACAAAAAGGAUCACUUUAUGGAACAAUGUAUAGUCCUCCCGAAUGUCCUUUUUGUGGGAAAAUUGAAGAUUGCAGUAAAGCUAUGGAAGCUCAUGUGAAAACAAAUCAUGCUGAUCUGUUAGACAUGCCCUUAAAAGACUGUGAACAGCCACUGUAUGACUGCCCUAUGUGUGGACUCAUCUGUACAAAUUACCACAUUCUCCAAGAACAUGUGGACUUGCAUUUGGAAGAAGGCAGCUUUGGACAGGGCAUCCAUACAGUUUCGUGCUCUAAUGAUCUGCAGUUGGCUCAUCAACUUCAAGAAGAAGAAGACAGAAAAAGAAGAUCUGAAGAAUCACGACAUGAAAUGGAAGCAUUUCAGAAGCUACAGAGGCAGUAUGGCUUAGAUAAUUCAGGAGGAUAUAAACAACAACAACUACAAAGUAUGGAGAUAGAAGUAAAUAGGGGAAGAAUGCAUCCAUCUGAAUUUCAUAGAAGGAAAGCAGAUUUGAUGGAAUCAUUGGCUUUUGGUAUUGAUGAUGGGAAAACAAAAACUUCUGGAAUUAUUGAAGCUCUUUCUCGGUAUUAUCAGAAUGCUGCCACAGAUGUCAGGCGUGUGUGGCUUUCUUCAAUGGUGGAUCACUUUCAUUCAUCAUUUGGUGACAAAGGCUGGGGUUGCGGUUACAGAAAUUUUCAAAUGCUGCUUUCAUCGUUACUACAAAAUGAUGCUUAUGCUGACUGCUUGAAAGGUAUGUCAGUUCCUUGUAUCCCCCAAAUUCAGUCAAUGAUAGAAGAUGCUUGGAAGGAAGGUUUUGAUCCGCAAGGUGCUUGCCAACUUAAUAACAAGUUACAGGGAACAAAAGCUUGGAUUGGAGCAUGUGAAGUGUAUACACUCCUGACCUCCCUAAGGGUAAAGUGUCGUAUUGUUGAUUUUCACAAGUCAACUGGUCCUUUGGGUACACACCCCCGUUUAUUUGAAUGGAUAUUGAACUAUUAUUCUUCAGAGAGGGAAGAAACUCCAAAAGUAGUGUGUACAUUCAAGCCUCCUAUCUAUCUUCAGCAUCAAGGUCAUAGUCGAACUAUUGUUGGAAUUGAAGAGAGGAAAAACCGAACAUUAUGUUUACUAAUAUUUGAUCCUGGAUGUCCGUCUCGAGAAAUGCAGAAACUAUUAAAGUCAGAUAUGGAAGCUAGUAAUAUCAAGCAACUUCGGAAAUUUGUGGGAAAUUUAAAACAUAAACAAUACCAGAUUGUGGCAGUAGAGGGCAUUCUUUCUCCAGAGGAAAAAGUGGCUAGGAGACAGGCUUCUCAAAUCUUUACAUCUGAGAAGAUUCCUUGAAGAAUCACGUACUUCAGUGAUUAUGGAUUAUAUUUUCCUAAACUGGAUACAGCAUAUUAAAAAUGUGGGACUUCUCUAAUAAGUCCCCAUAUACUUUCAUUUCUGAAAUGUUUAUAUUAUGCUUUUAAUAUCUGAUUAUUUAGUUAUCACGUCA